AUGGGUCCACGGCGAAAAAAGAACAAGCAGUCUCCACCCCAGGACGACCCUGACAGUACCCAGUCUGACAACACUCUACCGCACAAAGUCCCACCACUAUCAACCACUCAGGGCAGCUCUCAGCAGCAGUCCGACACCGACAAAGUCCUAUCGGAUGCGAAACAGCCACCUAGUGCUUCGGACUCUCCAACAACAUCCACGUCCACCUCCACAGCUGACAAGCGAGGCAGCUGGUACAAGGGUGCCUCAUGGCGCUCAAAGGCCAAUCCUGUCGCUCAAGCCACCCAUGAAAGCAUCUCUGUCAGUGGAGGCGCGACCAACGAGUCGCUGGCAGACAGUCCCAAAUCUGGAGGUCGCUUCGUUCAUCCUUCAUUGCGACGCAGUUCCAAGUCAAUCCCAACAAUCUCCUCAGAGUCCAUCAAUGCCACAGGCAGCAACGUCAAGACCGACAAGCCUGCCUUUUUCUCCGACAACAUCAGGAAAACUAGUGUCGACUUUAAGAAAGCUCCCAUCAAGGAACAAGAAGAUGACAACACCGACAACAAGGAUCCAAAGCUAGACGAGAGUGUCGACGAGGCUCCAGUAAAGACGGAUGAUGAUGCAAAAGUCAGAGUUGCUGCCACCACGUCUUCAUCGACAGACCUGAAGCCUCUUCCAGCCGAUGCAAUCAGUCAGGAGACACCACAAACCGCACCUGAAGCUCCUCUACCGCCAGAGCCGACACAAGAUGCUGCCUCGGGCUGGUUUGGAGGAUGGUGGUCACGUCCUGAUGGCUACACUGAUCACACUAGGAUGUUGAAAGCUCAGGACGAUCGCAAAGAAGCCUCGAGCACCCCAUUACCUUCGACGCCAGAACAAAAGCCCACUCAAGAAGCGAGCCUAAAUGUCGAGCCUAUCAACAUCAACGAUACCAUGCACUCUAUCCGUAGUGUGGGUACCACUGCAUCGUCGCGCAGUUGGUUUGGUCUAUGGAGUAAUGCUCAGAACCAGCAGCAGGCAGAGCAGGAGACAGCCACAACCCCAUCCAAGGAUGCAUCGCCUGACCGACCUGCAACCAUCGAAGAGCAAGCUACGCAACCAACCGAGACACCAACCAAAAAGCCAGCAGCGCCCGAGAUUAGGCAAGGAGAAGAGGCGCCCCAGAACAAGUCAUCGGGCUGGGCUUUCUGGUCGCGAACUCAAGGGAAGGACGAGAGCGAAACUCCCAACGGCACACCGCGACAGAUUGGAGAACUUGCCGUUGCAGACACGCCCUCGCAGUCUCAUCCCGAAGCUGCUCAGUUCAACGAGCAGCGCCAGCAAAAAGCAAAGCCGACCAAACUCAAUCUUCCGACCAACAACAACAGCAGUUCCACAUCACUCUCCUCAACUAGCCAGCCUCAGAUUGCCCUGAAAGAUGCCGCCAUCAAAGUACCCGAUACGACUAAGAAUACGAUCGAUGCCAGAACACCAAAGCCUCAAGCGCAUCCUAAUCUCGUUAUACCCAGCUUCGACGAAAGCUACUCUCCUGAAUAUAUCCCUUCAUACCGCGAACGUCUCACCACGUAUGUCGCCUCUACUCUGCGUCUCAUCGAUGUACCCACCGCUCCCAAGCACGUUUCCAUCACACCCACUCCAUCAAAGAUCAAGAACGCCAUCGCCAUUGGUGUGCACGGCUAUUUCCCUGCACCGCUGAUCCAAAAGGUGCUCGGCCAACCUACAGGAACCUCGAUUCGCUUCGCCAACUAUGCCUCGACAGCAAUUCGUGACUGGGUCCAAACAAAUCAGCCAGAUACACCUUGCGAGAUCGAGACAGUAGCUCUCGAAGGUGAGGGCUUCAUUGCCGAUCGUGUCGCUACUCUGUGGAAACUUAUGCUAAACUGGCUGUCUCACCUUCGCCAGGCCGAUCUCAUCCUCGUCGCCUGUCACUCUCAAGGUGUCCCAGUCGCAAUAAUGCUGGUCCACAAACUCCUUCAACUAGGUUGCCUUUCGCCUCAUGCCAAGAUCGGCAUAUGCGCCAUGGCCGGUGUCAACCUGGGACCUUUUGCAGACUAUAAAAGCAGAUGGCUAGGUGCAGGCGCUGCGGCCGAGUUGUUCGAGUUUAGCAGACAGGACAGUCGAGUCAGUGCCGAAUACAAAGCUGCUCUCGACGGUGUGUUAAGGCAUGGUGUGAGGAUAACAUAUUGUGGUAGUAUCGACGAUCAGCUAGUUUCUCUCGAGUCUUCUACCUUCACAACCCUCACACAUCCCUACGUCUACCGUGCCGUCUUCGUCGACGGCCGUCUGCACGCACCAGACUUCCUCUCGCACCUCGUCGCCUUCGCCCUGAAACUCCGCAACCUGGGCGUCUCAGACCACGGUCUCAUCCGCGAACUCUCCCUCCCUCUAGCAGGCUCUCUCUAUGGCGGCGAAGGCCACUCCCGCAUCUAUGACGACCCAGCAGUCUACAGCCUCGCCCUCCGCUUCUGCCUCGAAACCACCGACCUACCCACCACGGCGUCCCCCACCCCUGACGCAACUUCCCUUCGUUCUUCCCGAGCUGGCCCUCCCUCCUCGGUCAGUGCUGCCAAUUCCCUGCGCAGAGGUAGUGUUUCUGCAUCAUCCAUCUCUGGCAUUCCUCCCACGUUUGCAGACUUUGAAGUCCCGGCUAGUGGCAGCAAUGCCAAUCCUUACUUNUUACCUUGGGCAUUGAGGGGCAUUCUCGAAGAAGAAGUCGUCAAAGGGGAUAUGACAGACGAAGUCCAGAAUCUGGUGAAUGAGUUUGAGGAGUGGAGGCCGGUUAGCAAAGUGCUCAAGGAUGUGAGGUUUAGAUUAGAGGGGGUGAGGAGUAAACUUUAG